AUGAAAGGAUUAAUCUUGGUUGGUGGUUAUGGUACUCGUUUGAGACCUUUGACCUUGUCGCUCCCAAAGCCACUUGUUGAGUUUGGUAACAGACCUAUGAUCUUGCACCAAAUCGAAGCUUUGGCCAACGCUGGUUGUACCGAUAUUGUUCUGGCUGUCAACUACAAGCCAGAAGUUAUGGUUGGUGCUUUGAAGCAAUACGAGAAGGAAUACGGUGUUAACAUCACCUUUUCUGUCGAGGAGGAGCCUUUGGGCACUGCUGGUCCUCUCAAACUCGCUGAGAAGAUCUUGACCAAGGAUGACACUCCAAUCUUCGUUUUGAACUCUGACGUUAUCUGUGAGUACCCACUCACCGACUUGCUCAAGUUCCACACUGACCACGGUGGAGAGGCUACUAUCGUCGCCACCAAGGUCGAUGAGCCAUCCAAGUACGGUGUCAUUGUCCACGACAGAGACGUUCCAAACCUUAUCGAGAGAUUCGUUGAGAAGCCAGUCGAGUUUGUUGGUAACAGAAUCAACGCUGGUAUCUACGUCUUGAACCCAUCCGUUAUCGACUUGAUUGAGAUGAGACCAACUUCUAUUGAACACGAGACCUUCCCAAUCUUGGUUGAGAACAAGAAACUCUUUUCCUUCGACUUGCCAGGCUACUGGAUGGAUGUUGGUCAGCCAAAGGACUUCCUUUCUGGUAUGUGCUUAUACCUUUCUGCUUUGACCAAGAAGAACUCUCCUUUGCUCACCUCCACUUCUGAGGACUACAUCAACGGUGGCAAUGUCUUGAUCGACAAGUCUGCCAAGAUCGGUAAGGGCUGCAAGAUUGGUCCUAACGUCGUUAUUGGACCAAACUGUAUCAUCGGAGACGGUGUCAGAAUCCAAAGAUCCACAAUUCUCAAGAACUCGCAAAUCAAGGAUCACGCUUGGGUGAAGUCCACCAUUGUUGGCUGGAACUCCACCGUCGGUAAAUGGGCCAGACUUGAAGGUGUCACUGUUUUGGGUGAGGAUGUUACCGUUAAGGACGAAGUCUACGUUAACGGUGGUAAGGUCUUGCCUCACAAAUCUAUCAAGGACAAUGUUGAGACUCCUCAAAUUAUCAUGUAA